AGUGUGUGGUGGCUCGGCCCGAAGAAUGCAACUGUUUAAGCGGCGCCUAGACUCGGCGCUCUCGCCGAGGGCGCGGCACCUGCCGUGCCAGAUGGCGCUGGCGUUGGCUCUGGCGCUGGCGCUAGCGGCCGGCACGGGCAGCGCAGCGCCGGCCGCGGCCCCGGCGUCCACCCCCGCCCGGAAGGGGCCGGAGGGCGGCGGCGGGGCGGCGCCGGGCGACGCGUUCGAAUGGCGUCACCACGACAACCGCGAGCUGGCCGAGGUGCUGCGGGACGUCCACCGCCGCUGCCCCAACGUGACGCGCGUCUACGCGCUGUCCGAGGCCUCCGUGCUCGGAGAGCCGCUCUACGUCAUUGAAUUCGCCGCGCGCCCCGGCGCUCACCAGCUCUACGUGCCGGAGUUCAAGUACGUGGGCAACAUGCACGGCAACGAGGUAUUGGGCCGCGAGCUGCUUCUGGGACUGGCCAACUACUUGUGUGACCGGCUGCGCGCGGGAGACCGCGACAUAGAGCGCCUGGUGCACCUCACACGCAUCCACCUGCUGCCUUCCAUGAACCCCGACGGCUGGCAGGCCGCCACUGACGCGGGCGGGCGAGAUUAUCUCACGGGACGCUAUAACAAUCGCAGCGUCGACCUGAACCGCAACUUUCCAGACUUGGACCGCAUUGUGUUCAGCAACGAGGAGGCUCAGUUGGGCCCGAACGACCAUUUGCUGGACCAAGUGGAUCGCCUAAAUGAACCGAUCCAACCGGAAACGCGCGCGGUCAUCCGGCUCAUCAUGCAAGUGCCGUUCGUGCUGUCGGCCAACCUGCACGGCGGCGAUCUGGUCGCCAACUACCCUUACGACUACAGCCGCUCGGGCGCACCGCAGGAGUAUUCGCGCUCGCCCGACGACCUGACCUUCCGGCAUUUGGCGCACGCGUACGCUGACAAGCACGCCACAAUGGCGAAGGCUAAUCGGCGAGGUUGCGGCCGCGACGGCUACAACUUCGGCAAGCAGGGAGGCAUCACAAACGGCGCUGCUUGGUACAGCGUCCAAGGCGGUAUGCAAGAUUUUAACUACCUCUCAUCCAAUGACUUCGAGAUCACGCUGGAACUGAGCUGUGACAAAUAUCCUCCAGCCUCACAAUUGAAACAGGAGUGGGAGAACAAUAAAGAUGCACUUCUACACUUCAUGUGGCAGGUGCACAUCGGCAUCAAGGGCCGCGUGACGGACGCGGAGACCGGCCAGCCACUGCCCAACACGGCCAUCCACGUGCGCAACGUCACCGCUGGCCGCGACUCCGCCAUCAACCACGACGUGCGCUCCGUGCACGGCGGCGACUACUGGCGUCUACUGACCCCUGGGGAGUACGUGGUGACGGCUUUGCACGAGGGCUACGAGCCUGAGAGUCGCCGGGAGGGUCUUGACGGCGACACUGACAUCAAUGAGUUACCGGAAGUGCCGACCAAUCGAGAGUACGCCGAGGUCAUGCAAGGUCGUUUAAAGCGACGCUGGCCCUUCCUUCUCCCCAGAGCAAUUGGCGGUUUCUGAAUGACAUCUCCCCGCGCCAUUUAUUUCUCCCUGGAGACGCCUCCUUCUGUACAAAUAUCGCACCUUCCCUCGCGAUUCUUCGGCUCUCAAGGAUUAAGCGAAGUAACUUUAGUAUAACCCACCAGGUCAUAUGUUGCCGUCUAUUCCCGGUGGCCUACUCUUCUCGUCUUCACAGUAACAUAAGUUUGUAAGACACUGUCAUCGUGUUGGAUUCACGAUACAUUAAAAACUAGAUGCGUUCUUCCGUAAAAACUAGAUGCGAAAGAGGUGUCAAAUUGUGAGAAGCAGCGAGCUUGACUUAAAACUCGACUAGAUGUAUUAUCCUACGACAGUUGAAUUUACUGGAUUGGACAUGAAUAUACUAUUUGUAAGUAUUUUCUUAAAUAAAAGCCAUCUUCGUUUUUAAUGAAAGUUAUCACUAUAAAUGUUACUAUAAUAACAAAUUGUAUCAAAUACAAAUAGUAUUCACAUUUCAAUGCAUUAAAAUUUGGAAACUAUUGUAUAGGAAGAGAAAAGUUAAUUUAUAAUUAAUAUUUUAAUACCAUUUGGGCCUAAAAGAUGAUGAUCUUAAGGAAAAUAUAUUUGACAUUUUUCUGAAACCAUGCUACAUACUAUAUCAGAAUGGUGCUACAACAUGACGUGUCAGGAGUUAAAGGGUAAAAACUGUUGGGAUACAAGCCUGAAUUCUCAGCUUUAAAAGUAAAAGUUUUUUGAAAAAUUUUUAUUUAUUACAUUCACAAGGUAAUAGUUUGUUUUUUGAAAAAAAUUACGCUAAUUCAUAUUUAACUUUUUGUUAUGAAACUGAGAAUCAACAGGUUAAUUUAUAGAAAAUAGAUUUGUGAAUGUUAUGGCAGCUGAAUGUCCUGCAGAAAAAUCAAAUGUAUUACAGUUUGGAAAAAUAAUUAGUGAAUGAUAAUCAAAAUCACUAAAAUUGUAUGAGUUGAUAUAAUAACUAAUGUAGUUGUGUUCUUGUCAAUUCUUUUGAACUAAAUAUUGAUGAAUAAGAAUACUGUCAUAUACCAUGACAAGUUAAUAUAAAAACACUUUAUAUAUUCAAAUAUCAUAUACCCCAGGGAAAGGAAUUGUUAUUAUUAUUUAUAUUCAUAAAUUUAAAACAUUCCUGCAAUAAUAUAUGUAAUUCUUCUGAAUGCCUGCUCAUGGAAAAGUUUGGCUUUGUAGAAUUUUCUGUCAUCAAAGUAUAUAUUUCUUAAAUUUAUGAAUACAGAAAUGAAUGAAUUCAUAGGAUGUUUUGAAGAAUUGAUAUUGUUAUUGACAAUUUUUUAAAUGUUUUGUAUGAAAGAGAAAACACACAAGAAUGAAUCAAGAAUAUUAUUUGAAUUUGUGUUGUAAGUGAGAGAUUCACUUUUCUAAUAUUAUUUAAUUGUUAAUGUCAACAUUAUAUUUUGGUGUGUGAAGAUGUGAAAGGUAGGCCAGACAAUUUAGGUAAAUCUAAACCAUUGAGCCUGUGGCCAUUUGGUAUAAUUUUUGAAGAACAGAGUACAAUUUACCUCUCAAACUAGUAUGUGAAGAUUGACACAAAUAUCUAUAUUUGUUAAAAACUAGUGUUUAUCAGUUUGUUAAUCUCAGAAAUAUAAUUAAAUAAUUUAUAAUUGCAAAUAUUAUUUCUAAGUAUAUUAUAUUCACACACACGCACACACACACACCUAUACAUAUAUAUGCAUUUGCAUCUUAAGAUGAAUCAGUCAUCGAUGAAAAAAUAAUUCAAAACGUGAAAACUAGGAAAUUGAAGAUAUUGUGCAGUGAUGAAGUUCCUUACAUCGAUAUUAUAUUUUUCCACUUUCCUUCUUUGCCCAGCAUCUUCUAAGGCAGAGUUAUUCAAGUGGGCAGCCCACUUGGUAGACUGUGGGUCAGAGUUUAUCUGCAGGCAUCCAAUGUGACCCGCUAUACUCCGAUUUAAGAGUCCCUUCAAGGUCACGAUCUGGAUUGACCUCUCCUUUCAGCUCAUGACCUUCAAGGGACACUAAAUGUAAAUCAGAGUAUAGCCCAGGGUUGGGUAGGGGAGGGGAGUCACUGCUUGCAUUGCUGAAAGACGGGUAAAGAGGGCGGGUAAGUGGUAUGCAGGCCACUGCAGUGACUCUCUUUGCUACUCUCAGGCAGAAUGGCCUGAAAUUUUGCCCUUGUGCAGUCCUGCUCACUAGUAAGCCAUUUUCUUCAGAUGUCUUAGAUAUUCUUUAUAAUUUCAUUAAAUGUUGAGAUGAAAAAUUACAUCAGGUUGCGUUUGUUUGGUAUAUACUUACUUACAUAUUUACUUGGUUUAUAGGUAUGUUCUGUAUUUUCUGCUCAUUCAAUUCAUUUUUUUUAAAUUAUUAUGGGAGCACUUUGAAUUUCUGUACUAUGAAGAACAAUAAUACCAGAAAUUUACAAUGCAACUAACGGGAUUAAUUUAAUAUUCAUUUACAUAUCAGAAUGAAAUUUACAUUCAAUCUAUUUUUGUUCAUUCUACCAUUUAAUAUGCUAUUUAAAUUUGGAAGUGGAUAGUAGUCUUCAGAACAUCUUUUUGCAUAUCACUGUUAAGAUCACAUUUACCACACACCAGGAGCAGUUUUUCAGGUAAGAAUUUUCAAAAGAGUGGGGAAUGAGAACAGGCAGUGAGAAUAGGGAAUGAGGGUGAGCAAUGUGGAUGGGAAAUGAGGAUUCUUUAUUUAUUUUAAUUAUUUUAUAUUAAUAUUUUAGCUAUGAUGCUAAUGUUACUCAUUUAUUUAAAACAACACUUAUCUUUGUCUUUAAAAGAAGCUAAUGAAAAAAGUUAUCAUGCAACUUGUGCUUCAUAAAAUCAUUAGUGAACUAAUUUUAUAAUAAAGUUUCUUUUAGCAUCCGUUCAUUUUUUUCCUAGGUAUUUGAAAAUGAUCGCAUCUUGGUAGACAGAAUCAAAAAUAAAAUCGAUUUUGGCUAAACCUCAGUUGUCUGUUUACUACUGUAAUACUGAGAAUAUUACUUUGCAAUUUAUGAUCUGUUUGGGCUAUUAUGUUGUGUGAGAGAUAUUUAAAACCUACCAGUUUUUAAAAUCGUUAAAAAAAUGUUCAGAAAUGGAUAUAGGAAAGUAGAAUUUAUGAAUAAUUAAUUUAAAAUCAUAUUUUCAUUCUUGGACUGUACACUUUAUUACUGUAAAUGGUAUGUGAUAUCUGUACAAAAUGGAUAACUAUAUAUAAAAAAUGAUGAUGCUAUGUUACAAAUAUUAACAUUACAUCCUACAUUGGAUAUUGUACAGAAUAACUCCUAUGUGAGACAAUUCUAUUCGGAAUGAGCCUUCAGGCAAUGAAACCUGUGAUUGGCAUAAAAUAGUUGCUCUACUUGAAAUGCCUUGGAAUGGAGUAUUCUGUGCUUUCUUAAAAAUAUUCUUAAAGUAAAUCAAUUCCACUAUGUUUUCUAAAUUUUCUCAAAAGGUAGUGGAACUGAUAUACUUUAAAAUAAAUGUUAACCCAAGAGAACAUAUUUUGCAGUAUACAUUAAAUGCACACACAAGACUAAUUCUAAAUUGUAAAAAUUAACCUCAAAAGAGAAUCACAUCAUCUGUGACCAUAAUAAAAAUAACUUUAAUAUUCAAUAUAUUUGGUAUGUGCCAUGAAAGACUUCCUCAAUAAACAUAUGAUUGUUCCAUGUUUUGUUUAGAAAUGUUUCUAAUAGAAUGCUAGUGAAUUGUAAAACUUUUUCAUUGUGCUACAUAAUACAUAAUUAUUCAUUAAAAGUAUACACUAUACACAAAUAUCCUGUUGCAGCAAAACAUACAAUGUAAAUUAUUUUGCAACUUGCAAAUAAUAUUGUUAUAAAUGAACUGUUUAACAGCUAUGGUGAAUGGUGUGAUUCUCACAUUGUACCAGAACAGUAACAAUCAAGCACAAGACAUAAAACUUACUUAAUAAUUGAUACUGGCACUUAGUCAGUGGAUCUCAAGUGAGUUAUAAGAUGACACACAUAUGGUUAAAUGUUGUGAUGUUAUCUUCUAGUAUAUGCUACAUCAUGAAACUUGAGAAAGGAGUUUGAUUUUUUCAUUCAAUUAAGGAACCAAGAAAAACACCUAUGAUGAAAUAAUGGAACACUUAUUGAAACACAUCUGAGGAAACCACUGAUAACAUUUAUGUCAUUUAUUAUAUUCAUAAACAUAUCCAUUGACAUUUAAACUAGUGGUUGUGCUUGUUGUAAUUAUGUUCAGCAAUGCCUGUGCUCGAGUCAUUUGACUAUCAAAACAGGCCAUCACUGUGACUAGAUGGGACAGACCCGACCUUCAUGAGAGGACUGAAGAAAGGUCCGAGUCGUGCACACUGGUUCUCAUGGGUUUCUACAUUUGGCACAUUGUCCUUAGAUGAUAAAACAAAGUAGCAUAACAUCUAAAUAAUACAAACUGUGUGUCUGCGGUAGAUGUUUGCAAUUUUUGGGUUCAUCCCAAUUGUUCUUUACACCCACUAAGCAUAAUUCCUUUGAAGGUGAGUCUAUAUGAAGUAGGUCUUCAUGACCAUUCAAACUCCUUCAUUGGCAGUCACUCCUUUGUACAACACUUCAACAACACAGCCCUUUUAUUCACUUUCAGUAUAUUCAAAGAUGUUCCCAGAAAAUUAUGAUUUCAGCAUCAAUCCUGGUUGUAACAAUAUAAACAAUAUACUUCAUUUCUGUUCAUUCAAUGUUGAGAUUCAUCUCAGUGACCAUCUAAAUACACUAAUUGUUUAAGUUCUGGUAGUACAGUACAGGGUCAAAGUUGUGCACUUGGACAUUACACAAACACUGUGCAUCAAUAGAAAUAGCGUUUGGAGAGAAUCACAACACAAGAAACAGAAGGAUCCUUCCCACUGGUUAAGCACCACGUUCUGUGGAUUCAGACAUGUGGGAGAUUCACAGCUGUCCAUGUUUCCUUUCAGUUCUCCGCAUCCUAUGUCCAUGCUUCUACACCAUAGUAACAUUUCUUUUCUUCCGAUCACCACUGCUCACAGAACUCAAGGAUCCUUGCAGGCUCGGAUUGAAAGGAACUAAAGAGCCAUUUCUAUGGUAGUUACCAUUAGUUAGAGCUCCAGGAUGCACGCCGUAGAUGGGGCCAGAGGAGGAAUAGAUACCAUUGUUGUGAUUGGAGUUAAAUGUGGGGAGAGGUGGGACAGGGGGUGGGAGUUGGGCAUGGCUGCCACCAGCAACAAUACCCUCAUCAGCCAUGCCUCCAUAGGGGCUGUGCCUGCGUUCGUGUUCAUGCAGGAGUUGAGAUGCAGUCCAGGAUUGGUAAGGACUAAGAGUCCGACCACGCACCAGUGUGUUGCUGCCUCCACUAGAAAUGGUGCUAAUGUUAUUAGGACUUGGUAGUGCGACUAUAUUGGGUGACAUAUCUAUUUGAGGCUGAGGUUGUUGCUGAGGGGUUUGCUGUUGCUGCUGUUGCUGUUGCUGUUGUAUCAUUUGCUCGUGUUGUUGCUGAAGCAGUUG